AUGUCGAAUGUAAAAGCCGUGAAUGCCACAACAUCAACAUCUGGAGAAAUACCGCAAAGGCAAAAGAAGCGCCACAAAGUCGCACAAACAAUGAAACAGUGCUCACCUCAACCACUCAACACAGCUCAACAACGAACGCUUACCUACUCCAAUCAUACCUUCACUCUCCGCCACACCCCUGCCAUAGCGGCCAACAUUCCGAACGCGCCCGAGCUUACAACCUCAACGAAAUCCUGGGGGCUCAACACCUGCACGCCCCCACAGAACCGCAAGCGUCGUACCUGCAGGCCACCCGUUAGCCUUCCUCAACCACCGGGGGGGGGGGGACCAAGAGCGGACGGCAGGGAGCUGCAGAACAGGCCAACGCACGCCGGGCCCCCCCUUCCCCCCUCCUCCCGUCCUCUUGUAGUUAAAUCCACCGCGGCGAUGUGA